GGUUUCGGCUUUGUGACGUUCGAGACGAGCGCCGACGCAGAGAGAGCCCGCGAGAAGCUGCACGGCACCAUCGUGGAGGGACGCAAGAUCGAGGUGAACAAUGCCACUGCCCGAGUGAUGACCAACAAGAAGCUGGUGAGCCCCUAUGCCAACGGAGAAGCUCUCACAACUCUCCCUUAUGCAGGAUGGAAGCUGAGUCCCGUGGUGGGGGGCAUGUACGCGCCUGAGCUCUACGCUGGGGAGACUCUGGUUCCAGGGUUCCCGUAUCCUACGGCGGCGGCGGCCGCUGCAGCAGCGACGACGGCCGCCUCCUUUAGGGGCGCCCACAUCCGCGGGCGAGGCAGGCCGGUCUACAGCGCGGUGCGGGCAGCCGUACCCCAGCCCGCCAUCCAGGCAUACCCAGGCGUGGUGUAUCAGGAUGGCUUUUACGGGGCUGCCGACCUCUAUGGUGGCUACGCAGCAUAUCGAUACGCUCAGCCAGCGGCCGCCGUAGCCGCAGGGCCCACAGCUGCUGCCGCAGCUGCUGCUGCUUACAGUGAUGGCUAUGGGCGGGUGUACACUGCUGACCCCUACCAUGCGGCCCUCACCCCGGCCGCAGCCGCCGCGUACGGAGUCGGAGCAAUGGCUACAUUGUACAGAGGUGGAUACAGUCGAUUUUCUCCAUAUUGAUAAUGCCUUUCCUGGAACAUGUCCCCCUCCCCCUCCUGUUUGGAUACUCUUUAACUGAUUUGAAAGAGCUCCCCCUGCAACUGUGGAGUGCAAUUGCAUCUAUCUCUGUGGUCUUGGUAGGAUUCAUACUAUAUCAGAUGCACAUACUCUUGGUACAACAGUAUAUAUUCAGUAAGGAAAGCAGUCGUGUGAACACAAUGCAAGUUUAUUUCCAUAUUGAAAACAGUUAACCACCAAUUUAAUUUGAACAAAAAAAAAAGAAAGAAGAAGAAAAAAAAAACAUGGCUGUCUUGAUAAAUGCACGGCUCCAAGCUCAGAACAAUUAUUCCUUUGUAUGACUCGUAUCUCUGCACCAACGCAUGCAGUUAUGGCCUCAAAUUCUUCCAGUUUUCCAAUGAACUGUGUUUUUGCACACAAAAUGUAAAAAAAAAAAAAUGGACUUUCACCGUUGGCGAAACCCUGUGCGGAGGGGGUCAAGGACUGAGACGGGCGGUCGGCCUUGUGUUGCGCGUCCGUCGCCACGACACCACUUCCAACUCACAGGCCACCUGGGCUUCCAUGGACAGCGAGGGGGGCGGGGCGAGACGAGGAGUGGGCGAGAGGGGGACUGUGGCGAUGAGCUGGGCAUGUCGGGGAGGCGCGAGCACAAAGAUGACGACGCUUAAAGAAGGUGCCACAGCGGACCGUUGGAGGACUUGAAAACCCUUUGAUUUCAUUUUGGCACCAGAGGGCGACGGGCGGCACGCUCCCAGUUUGUUACAGGCCUCGAGGAAAUGUCGCAUAGAGUGCUAGAGGUUUUUCUUUGUUCACAUGUACACUCUUUGAUUUACUUCGAGUUGCUAUAAAAACAAAUUAUGUUGUACAUUUACCUCAAAUUUUGUGGUCUCUUGAAAUGCAAACCUUUAAAACUGAAUAGAUAUCAUAUGCAAAGACACUAGAUUAGAGAAAAAUAGUGUUAUUAUUAUAAUUAUAAUUAUCAUCAUUAUUAUUAUUAUCAUGGGUCUAAUUAUUCUUAUCGUUACCCCUUUUAAAGAUUAAAUUAAUCUAGUUACAUAGAUAUAAUUUUCUUUAAAAUAAUUUAAUCGAGAGGAUGGUGAGCUCCCUGUGUUGAGGAAGAGAGAAGCCUUGUAAGCCAUAACUGUAUUUCUCCCUGCUUGUACAGUUAUGUUUUGUUGUUGUUAAUCAGGUUAUCCCUCUAGAAAAUUUAGGCCUGUUUUUUGAGAAUGCACAGUUGUUAAAUUAUGCAGUUUUACAUAAAACUAUUUUUUCUUAGCCAGAAUGCAUUACCUUGAGCAUUCUUCCCUCCCCAAUUUUAACAGUAGUUUAGACAAUUAUGUAUGCAAGUAGCUGCCAACAUUAAUUGAGAGAAAGUAACUAUGAUAUCCUAUUUAAAAUAUGAAAAGAAAAUGAUUCAUUGUUUUUAUAUAUAUAUAUAUAUCCUGAAUGUUGAAUGCUUUUUUUUUUCCUUUUGAUUUUGGUUCCAAAGAUUUGUCAAAAGCACAUUUGCAGUCCAUUGUCUUCAGUAUAAAGCAGCGUUGGUAUUGUUGGUAUUAAGAUCCUCUGUUGUCCUUCCCGCUUGUUUUCUUACUGCAUCAGUAGAAUGGAGAAAUCAUCCAAAAGCUUGCACUCCUCUUCUCCUCUGUUUCUCUGUUUUUCUCUCUCUAUCACGCUCUCUCUCUCUCUCUCUUUGUGUAAUCUUCUGUGCAGAUGGGGUUCUUAUUUUGUAAUGCCAUCCUUCUUGAAAGGCCUUGUGUUUUGGCCCGGGUUCAGUCAGGAGGAGUGAAGCAGAUAAGCUGAGGGGGUUUCUAUGGCGGAAAUCCCGAGGUGGUGUUCAAGUGGACUGAUGCACCUGCUGGUAGUUCUGCUGUUAUCACUAAAGUAGGACCUUUUGCGAUUUAUUGAAUUGAGCCAUAUUUCAAUACCUUUCCAAGAGAGUCGAGAGUGUUUUGGUUUUGCUAGCAAAUAAAUGAACAAUACUUUUAUAUAAUCAAGGUUUACAGUAGACACAGGCCUCUGAAGAGAGUUAUGAUGACCAGGGGUUUUGUUUAAGUCCAUUUUUCGCUGACUGAAAAAGGACUCAAUUCAUUUCAUCAUAGGAGACUAGGUGUAGCGGAAAAAUGUGAAAAAUCAAUUUGUAACUUAUGGGGUUAGAUAGUUUAUUCCUCUGACGAAACUGUCACUCGGAGUAUUUUAUAGAGGUCAAUUUAAAUAAUGAUAGAAGACAACAAUUUGAUUGCUACACAAUGUUUUUGUUUUUCUGCUUAACAGUUUGAUGUUUUCCUGAGUUAGGCACUUUGCCAGCUGUACUCCUCUUUUUUUCAGUGUUAAAAGGAAAACUGUGACCACGUGUCCAUUACUUUUAGGAUCCCCAUAUACUGGUAUUUUAAGAUGGACCUGUUCCAUUUUGUUGUAGGAUUUAAAAAAGCUAGCCCACUCCUUGAAGCCAAUGUGUUAACACAUUAUCAGUGAUGGUACUAUGGCAAUUUGUACAAGUUACUUCCGUUUUUAACUAAAUGGCUGCUGCAGUUGGUUGGCUUGCAAUGGUGUGGAAGAUUCCGUUAUUCUUAUAUAUCCUCAUUCUGCACCUUACUGUAAUGUUUAGCCUUUGGUUGAAAAUGCACGUGGCUGUUUUUUCUUUAUUUCUUCUUUUUUUUAAUCUUAUUUUUUAUUUUGAAUUCCUCUGUCAACUCCAAUACCAUUUGUGUUGUUCUUUGUAACUGAAUGUCCACAUAAACAGUUUUUAUAUAGAGA